AGACUCAUCAUUUUACUUUACCGUCGCGCUCUUCCACAAUCAACGAUUUUAAAUGAUUAAAUCCUAAUUAAGUAAAUAGGAAAUAUAAAAUUAUUUUAGAAUUUUUAAUAGUAUUUCUAUAAAUCAAUUAAAUAAAAAUUCUCAAUUAUUACGUUGUCGCCUCCAAAUAGACGAGCUAUAGAUGGAUGAGAAGGAAGUGUCGAACUGUAGUAUUUCGUCAGCUUCUUCCCAUUAUUAGACUGAUAGAAGCAACAAUCUUCGAGAAAAUGAAAAUCAAAGGCUUCAUUUAUUACUUCGUUUUGGCAUUUUUCGAAUUGCUUCAGCAAUCCGUACAAGGGCGGCCGUUGCUGACGUCAACGCCCAGGCCUUGGCGUGAUGAUACGGCGUCGUUUGCCAGGUGGUUGGUUUCCCAGAAUUCAUGGGGUGUACUAAACACGAUAUCUGGUGACUGGGGAGGAGCGCCAUUCGGAAAUGUGGUUUCGUUUAGCGAUGGCUUGCCUGACGAGGGGAGAGGCAUCCCUUACUUCUACCUGACAACUCUUGAUCCAACAGCACGAAAUGCUUUGGAAGACCAGAGAGCUUCCUUCACGUUGAGCGAAUAUAACCUUGGGACUUGCGGCAAGAAAGACCCCGAGGACCCUUCUUGUGCAAAAAUCACGAUUGGGGGAAAGCUAAACCCACUCGAGGGAAAUCCCGAUGAAGAUGAGUUUGCUCGAACUGCAUUGUUCACGAAGCACCCUGCAAUGAAGGGUUGGCCUAAAGGUCACAAUUUCCAGAUCUUCAAAUUAGAUGUGGAAAAUAUAUUCUUGAUCAAUUGGUUUGGGGGUGCUAAACCUAUCACUGUGGAAGAUUACCUCAAUGCAGAUAUGAACGAACAUGCAUUCGAUGCACGUUUGACUGCAUGAUCUCUGGGCACCUGUCAUGGUUUGUGAACUAAUGCGCAUGAGAACUCGACGACCCUUCUGCUUGAGGAUAUCGCGUAAAUUCUGACAUGCUCCAAGCCUGAUGAUUGGAGGAAAACAUACGAAUAAUCGAACUGCGAGCAGAACUGUUACUGUAUGUAUAUAUAAUUGUGCAAUCUGUGUUCUACAUAUUGAUGUAAAUUACUAUUUCUGAGUAAAUUGUUUGUAAUAUAUGUUUGUGCAGUCAAUAUUGUAAAUCAUUGUGUUGCCUUUCGA